GGGCUCUCUCCGACUUGGAAAGUGCAGGGAUCCCAAGAAUAUCACCCGCCGAGGGGGGCCGUGUGGCGCCCCCAGCCCUCCACCCUCGGCCCCAGGCGGCGGGCGCGGGAGCGCGGCCGGCAGUAGAUUUCACAGUGCUGACCCAUGAGCUAACCAGCCAAUUCUCACCCAGUCGCCGGAGAGUGGACUAUCUGCGUCUCCGUGAAAGAUGCUGUGAUUUUGAAACCAGGUUGUCUGGAGCCUGGAGCUGCCCCAGCUCUCUCAGGAUUUGGCAGACAUUGGAGGUGGUGGUGAAGGAGACAGUGGUGGUCAAUGUUAUUUGAGCAGGGUCAGCAGGCCCCGGAGCUUCCUGAGUACACGAUGCAGAAGGCUGCUUACUAUGAAAGCCCAGGACUCUUCGGAGGCUAUGGCUACAGCAAAGCUGCUGACACUUAUGGCUAUAGUGCCCCCCAUCAGCCUUAUCCACCCCCUGCUGCUGCCAACUCCCUGGACACUGCUUACCCGGGCUCUGCCUGCUCCAUCCAGAGCUCUGCACCUCUGCGAGCCCCAGCCCACAAGGGGGCUGAACUCAAUGGAAGCUGCAUGAGACCUGGCACUGGGAACAGUCAGGGAGGGGGGGGUGGCAGCCAGCCUCCUGGUCUGAACUCAGAGCAGCAGCCACCACCACCCCCUCCUCCACCACCAGCCCUGCCCCCAUCCUCGCCCACCAACCCUGGAGGUGGAGUACCUGCCAAGAAGGCCAAGGGCGGGCCCACUGCUUCUGGCUCCUCAGCCACCAUCAGCAAGCAGAUCUUUCCCUGGAUGAAAGAGUCCCGACAGAACUCCAAGCAGAAGAACAGCUGUGCCACUGCAGGAGAGAGCUGCGAGGACAAGAGCCCACCGGGCCCAGCGUCCAAGCGGGUGCGCACGGCGUACACAAGUGCACAGCUGGUGGAGCUGGAGAAGGAAUUCCACUUCAACCGCUACUUGUGCCGGCCACGCCGCGUGGAGAUGGCCAACCUGCUGAACCUCACCGAGCGGCAGAUCAAGAUCUGGUUCCAGAACCGGCGCAUGAAGUACAAGAAGGACCAGAAGGCCAAGGGUAUCCUGCACUCGCCGGCCGGUCAGUCCCCGGAGCGCAGCCCGCCGCUCGGCGGCGCCGCGGGCCACGUGGCCUACUCGGGCCAGCUGCCACCAGUGCCCGGCUUGGCCUACGACGCGCCUUCGCCGCCCGCCUUCGCCAAAUCUCAGCCCAACAUGUACGGCCUGGCUGCCUACACGGCGCCGCUCAGCAGCUGCCUGCCGCAGCAGAAGCGCUACGCGGCGCCCGAAUUCGAGCCCCACUCCAUGGCGAGCAACGGCGGCGGCUUCGCCAGCGCCAACCUGCAGGGCAGCCCGGUGUACGUGGGCGGCAACUUCGUCGACUCCAUGGCGCCCGCAUCCGGGCCCGUCUUCAACCUGGGCCACCUCUCGCACCCAUCUUCAGCCAGCGUGGACUACAGUUGCGCCGCGCAGAUUCCCGGCAAUCACCACCACGGACCGUGUGACCCUCAUCCCACCUACACAGAUCUCUCGGCCCACCACUCGUCUCAGGGACGCCUGCCCGAGGCCCCCAAACUGACGCAUCUGUAGCGGCGGCCACCGGCCCGAACUCGCGGCGUGAUUACCUCUUUCGCUUGGGUGGCGGGGGUGGCGGGCGGGGCCCGCGGGGCAGCUCGGUGGCCCCCUCCCUCGCUCUGGCCCGGUCGCUGCCUUCCGGUCUCGGGCCAACAGCGGCCGAGGCGCAGGCGUCUGGGCCUCCUCUCCAGGCUCGCCCUGCUUUGGGUGACUCGCCAUACAUCAGCCGCAAGGAUUCUCCUCUGUAAGCCUGACAGUGCCACAUAACUGCGGACCGAGGGACUCUAAUCUGGUAAUGGUGUCCUAAGGUAAGUCUGAGAUCCAUCGGCGGCGCGCCCUGCAGAGGGUCCAGAACCCAGAGAGUCCGGGCAUGGCCCGCGUCUAGUUUAGUUGCGGAGACCUUAAUUUAUAUGCUUCUUCCCGUCCCGUAAGGAUUGCAUCGGACUCAACGAUCUGUAUUUAUUAUUUGAAGCGAGUCAUAUCGUUUUCCUGAUUAUUUAUCCUCGUCUUAAUGUAUUUAUGUGUAUAUCUGUAGAAUUCUCCAGCCGAGCUUAGGAACGCGCUCCCAGGCCGCGGGGGCCACGUUUCACCUCUUUAGUCCCCUUGGUCUGAACUAGUUGAGAGAGUAGUUUUGAACAGUUGUAACCGUGGCUGGUGUGUGUAGUUGAUGUAAAGGAUUAAGACCGCAAAUUGUCCUUCACGGGUAGAGUCAGGCGGCCCCAUGGCGUAGCACGACACCCGUUAUUCUUUUCCCAAUAGCCACAGCCCUCGCCACUCGACACAGUUUAUUGAUUUCAAAUUGUCUGGUACUAUUUGAACAAAUAUUUAGAAUAAAAAAAAUUUCUCAGUCUGAAGUGUAUCUGUGUUAAUCACGCACACUUGCAAGUAGAUCACUCUACCUUUAUCUUGGGCACAAUCCCGGUGGAAGGCCCCUGAAUAGGCUGACCCUUUGAAAUAUUUUUUCCACUUAUUUGGAAUCCAGUACACAAAUUGGUUCUGGGGAUACUUGAUUACCUUCCAGUUAUUGACUUUAGGUUGUGUUGUGUGGGGGGGAAUAUUUGAGGAUGCAAACCUAGAAAUGUUCUGUGUGGGAUGAUCUGGGUAGGGUGUUUCACUGCUGCCUGUUUUGCUGUUUCUAUCGCCCUCUUUCUAGACACAAAUCCACUUUAGAUUGCACUUACAUUGGGGAGGCCAGAGCUCACUUUUCUGCGCUAAGUAGUAAAAAAUAAACUUUGAAAGAAAACUGACAAUCAAAGAAAAGACACAGGAGAAGUCAGAAGAAGAACUGAGCUAUGAAAAAGCCAAGAUGCAGAAAAAGAAAUAAUCAUUUGAAGCCAUGCACCUAAGCUUUUUCUCUAGGAAAUUCUGUCACGAUUUUUUCCUUAUAGAAGUCAGUGGUUCAUUUCUCAAGAAGACAAACGUUCCCUGUGAUGUAAAGUAAUAAAAGUUUUAUUAAUGGAACAUAACAAGUAUAAACACUUUGUUUACUCCUGCUUCUUUGUACAAAAUGGGCAAAAUGUCUUCGAGGAUUUAUAACCAUUUUGUAAAUAUUAGUGUUAGUGUGGCUUUAGCUGGGGCGCACUACUUACACCCGCUUCUCUAGAAGGAGGCACUCGGAGAGCGCCUUCAGAUAAGGUUCAAUUCUUUUGUAUUUCAGCAAAGUGGGCCCACGCAUCUCUAUUUGGUUUGACAAAUAAUGCAACUCCUACUACAUCCCCGGUGACACGAGGUGAAAUUCCUAUUGUGUGGAAAUAAUUUAACUUAUAAUCUUCUGGUGGAACAACAAUCGUUUCUAUUUGGAUGUUUGUGUUUCGCUAAAUAGUGAUGGCUGAAAAUAAUAUUUAGUUUCCUUGUUCCUCUGUGCUGUUUUUAAAAUGGCAUGUUAGAUUGGGGGUGGGAGGGGAUUAUCCUUUAUGCUAAAUUUCACUUCAUCCGAGCAGGUUUAAAGUAUACAUGUUGUAGAAGUGUAUCAACAGAAUAAAUGACUUCAACCGAAGGGAUAUUUUACCCACUUUCAAGGCUUAAAAUUGUUUUUCUGUGAAAUUUGCAUCCAUAGGCAGAAUUUCUAAUUGUCUUGUAAGAAAUUAUUUUUUAAAGCUAUUAGGGAAAUCAAAGAAGAGCUGGCUGCCUUGCAGGGAUUACAGCAACCCUUCUUAACUGGCUAAAUAUUAAACAGAUGAAUUGUCAGGCUGUUUAGAUUCAGCCCGGUUUUCCC